AUGCUGGAGAGAGAUGUGACCAGUCCGGUGGCCAGCGCGGGCCAUUGGAGGGCAUCAGACUUGAUUCGGAGUGAUGGAGAGCAGGAGCCAGUGGGUACUGUGAGUAUUAGAGCCACUUGCCCACUUACAUCUGUAAGCAUCCCUCAGGCUGCUGUGUGCAGAAUGAUAGAAAAGCAAGGAAGGAAGAAGACUAUCCAGUCUUUCACAACAGUGAUCGCUGGUGGCCGCUUGGACCGGGUGAUGCGAGGGGAAAAAUGUGAUGAACCACUUGUGUCUGGACUCCCCCAUGUAGCUUUCAGCAGCUCGUCCUCCAUGUCUGGGAGCUAUUCUCCAGGCUAUGCCAAGAUCAACAAGCGAGGGGGUGCUGGGGGAUGGUCUCCAUCCGACAGUGACCAUUAUCAAUGGCUUCAGGUUGACUUUGGCAAUCGGAAGCAGAUCAGUGCCAUUGCAACCCAAGGAAGAUACAGCAGCUCAGACUGGGUGACCCAAUACCGCAUGCUGUACAGUGACACUGGGAGAAACUGGAAACCCUAUCAUCAGGAUGGGAACAUCUGGGCAUUUCCUGGAAAUAUCAACUCUGAUAGCGUGGUUCGGCAUGAUUUGCAGCAUCCGGUUAUUGCCCGCUAUGUGCGCAUAGUGCCUCUGGACUGGAACGGAGAAGGCCGCAUUGGGCUCAGAAUUGAAGUCUAUGGCUGUUCUUACUGUGAGUAUCUGCUGAAAUUUGUGGUGGAUUUUGUCAUCUUCAUGUAA